AUGAGUCGGUCAGCCGAAAGAAUUCCAAAACGAUGGAAUAUCUCGGAAAUUCCACGCAGGAAUGAAUCAAGCAAUACCGAGGAGUCUUCGUCACUUACCGACAGUACUCGGUAUUCACCGUAUCUUCAGAAUACUAGCACACCCCUUAAAACUAGAAGGACAAAUUUAGAAGAAAUCAAAAAAUCUCGAAGAGGACAAGAAAAAUUUGAAGAUAUCGAAAAAGCGUCCUUUAACAAAAAAAGAUUGGAAAGAUUUCAGAAACAUAGAAAACAUAUUAGUCGAAGAAAACAAGACAAUGAAAGAGUUAUUGAGAAGCAAAAAGAAGAACACAAUCGACGUGAUAAACGAAAACAUGAAUAUUCUGAGGAUUUUGGGGAAAAGAAGCAAAACAAAACGGAUUCUGAUUCAGAGUCUGAUUCGGAUAAAAAUUAUAGUGAAAGUGAUUUGGAGAAAUCGAAAAGAAAAAAACAUGAUUUUAUAGGAGAUAAUGAAUUGCCGAUUACAGAAAUCUUAAGAAGAUCACAAGAAAAUACACAAAAUAAAUAUGAAGAACAAGCGUCAUUUCCUGUAUUAAAUACAGAUAAAGUUUAUGUACAGUAUAAAGGUGGUUUCACUACUAUGAAAAUGAAUCCAUCAAAAGAUCUAUCCAUGAAUUCUUCUAAAAAUAAAAAAAUCGAAAAAGACGCUGUUGAUCCUAUUGAUAAUCGAAGUUCUCCACCUAUAAAAAUAGCCAUUUCGAUUCAACAAUUUUGGAAAAGAGCAGGUCUUUUAUGUCAAGGUAUUUUAGCUGGUACAGCAUUAAUGCAUUUUAUAACGGUACGUUUUUUUGAUAUAAAAAACUUCUUGUAAUUGUAUUUUAAUUAAUUUUAUUUAAUUUUUUUUCAGUUAUGCACAGUUUUUAGUAAUUCCAUGGAAUUUAUUGUAAAAUAUUCAAAAUAUUCCGAAAUUUAUACAAAUAAUUUCUCAUUUCUUAUCGCUUUAUGCAUUGUGGCAACAUUUGAUAAAUUUGAUUUGGCACGAUUCGAUAUAGAGCAUUUACGUGAGCUUUAUUUCGAUUAUAAUAAAGCAAUAAUCGCAGUUCCUUUGUAUCUGACCAUUUUUUGCCUUCAUCAAGUUUGUGCAGAGAUUGACAAUAAAUUAAGUUCAAUCCAUUAUUAUAAUUCCAACAUUUCUAUAUUGCAAAACGUCACUAAUAUUCAAUCUCUUCUGGACGAAUUAAAUAGCUGGCAAAAAAUAUCCAUCUCGAAAGAUGUACUUGCAAUGUUUGCAUGGUUAUUUGUUGCUCUUGGUACCAGGGACGAUUCAUUUUUAAUAUAUCUACAGUCAAUGAAAAAAUAUAUAAACGAUAUUGAGACCUCUGGAUAAUAAAUCAAUUUCUUUGGGAUAGAUAUUUACUUAAUUUAUAUUACCAUCAUAUGGCAUAAGGAUAGCAAUAGGAUAAGGAUAGAGAUAAAAUAAAAAUAUGGAAAUCAGCGCUAUCUUCAGGAUGCUGUAAAUAAUAAAUAAUAAAUAAUAACAAACAGUGAUAAAAGGAUAGAAAUAGAAUAAGAAUUGAUCAUCGACGCCAUCUUUUGAGUAUCAAAAACAUCUUUUCAAAAAGAGGAUAAGAUAGUACAAAGAUUGAAAAUCAGUGCCUCUUAAAUAUUUCUAAAAAUAUUCUUUGAAAAGAAUAUUUUUAAUAUUUAAAAAAUGACGAACAAUUCUUAUUCUUUCUAUUUUUCUUCUGUUAUUUUCUAUUCUUGAUUAAUUAGUUUUAUUUAUAGGACUCUGAAAAUGGCGUUGAUUCGUAUAUUUUUAUUCUCUAUCUUUUUUUUUUGCUGUUCUAUUUGCGUAUUUGUUGUACAUUUAUAUAUUCAAAAGACUGCUUCAAUAUGAUUAACAAUUGAAUCGGCGUAAUUUUAAAUUCAUGAAUAAUUCAACUAUCUACUACAUACUACAUAAAAAAUAUCUACUACAUAAAAAUAUGAAUACAGUUCCAUAUAUUGUAUAAAAAUAUUUAUGAAAAGAUGUUAAAGAAAUUAUUUUUAAAAUCUGUGGAGUUUAUCAUAGAAUUGAAUAUAAUUCUUACUCUCUAACAUGUAAAAUGUUUUGAUCAGUAUUUCAGAAUAUAGGAUAUGAAAUUCUAUUUAUUAGUUAGGUAUAUCUUCGUAUCAUCUAUGUUAUCAUUCUAUUUAUUAUAAUAACAAUAAGAAUAAUGUAUUUAUAUCUUACGAUUAUAGAAUACACAACUGAAUAAAGAUUAAAAAAUUGCACUUUUUUGGGAAGGCGUUGUUCUUUUCGAAUAUAUUGAAGUAAAAGUUCUAUCUUCAAUAAGUUAUGUUUUUUUAAGCUAUAUUAGAAAUAUUUAAGAAAAUGCGAUUCAUACGAUUUCAAUAUUUAUUCGUAACAGAAUAGGGUUUGAUAUGUACAAUAUUUAUAAAGUUCUAAAUUCUAACAGAUAAUACACAUAUAUGUAAUAAAAUACCAAUAAAGGAUAAAAUAACAUUAAAAAUAAAAUAACAUGUUGUAAUAAUAAAAUAUCUUCUUAGACUUUGUCUUGAGCGCGGCAUCAAGUUGAGUCGACGAUUACGUAAAAAAAUUUUCAAGGUUUUCAAAUAAAAUAACAAAAUGAAACAAGAGGAUGCAUUAAACUGUCACAUCAAAAGAAGAUUAACGUUAAAUGCGUCGAAUGCGUUUUCUUAAAACAAAAUAAGGAAAGAGCAUUCUUGCGUGCAAUCGUCGAUGCAACAAGUGCUCUCGUUGUACGACAAACUUUGCUAUAAAUAAUGUGUGAAGGCUUUUAUUAAUCUGCGAAGCAACAGAUAAAUAUAUAUACUAUAUAUAUAUUAUAUUAUUAUAUAAUAUAUAUAUCAUAUACGAAUAAAUACUGUACGUACAUUUACAUCAGUUAUCGGUUUUCUCUGCACGAA